CUUAUCGGCAAACAGCUGUUUUAAGAUACAACAAAAAUGUAAAUAAAAAAAUUUAUUUUCUCAUGCACAAAUGACAAAUUCCGUUGGCAAAGGAUGGGCUUCUGGCCUAAUAUCGACGAUAAAAGAUCCUAAAAACCACAUUAUCUCCUCUAAGGACGCUGUAGUGAUACAUGACAAAUACCCAAAGGCGCGCCAUCAUUACCUCGUACUGCCCAAAGCAGAUAUACCGGAUAUAUUCCAUUUAAAUCUUAGCCAUUUACCUCUAUUGGAAGAGCUGCACUUGCUCGCACAAAAUGUUAUUGAAGUGAAAAGCUUUCAGCUGGACGAUUUUAAGAUCGGUUUUCACGCGCAGCCCAGCAUGCAACGAUUACACUUGCAUGUAAUUUCCAAGGAUUUCGUAUCCGACUGUCUCAAAACAAAGAAACACUGGGUUAGUUUUAAUACAGAACUCUUUCUACAAUAUCAAGAAGCCUAUGCGCGGCUAAAAACAGAUGCUUGUAUCAAACGUUUGACGAAGGAACAAAUUCAAGAGUUGACUGCCUCAGCGCUGGAAUGCAAUCAAUGCGAGUUUGAAGCCAAAAAUAUGCCAGACCUGAAGCGACACCUGCUUGAGCAUUGGGCACAGAGACAGUGAGAUACAUUUUUGCCAUGACGUGUUAACGCUUCUGCAUUGAUUUAGUCUAGAGUUCCCAGAUUUUUUAUGCGCGGAACCUGUAGCUCACAUUACGUUCCAAUUGGCCCCAUUUCACUUGUUUAAUAAACAAGUAAUUUUUAGGCGAAAAACACAACCGACUUCAAUUCUCUUGUAUAAAUUUAGGAGUACCGU